AGAAUGAAACGCGAGAGCAUACAUACCAGUAUCGUUUCUUUACACACAAAAAACCUCCCAUCUUCUCCAACAACAAUUCCAGAAAGAAAUGGCUUUCAGAAUCGCUGCAACUUCUGCAUCCCGUAUCGUAAAACCCUACAACCCACCAUCACCACUCUUUUCAGCUCCAUUCCGCAAUCUCACUCUCAAAUUCCAUCUCCCACACACCAAUGCCUUUCCACUCCUCCCUAUUCGCAAACCUGCUUCUCAAUGUUACAUUCGAGCUAUUAGUGAAAAAACUGUAGAUUCCUCAAUCUCUAAGAAAGAAGAGGAGGAAGAACAGUUGCCUCAAGAUUGGAAGAUUAAAAUGCUAUAUGAUGGCGAUUGUCCCCUAUGCAUGCGAGAGGUGAAUAUGCUACGAGAGAGGAACAAGAGUUACAACACCAUCAAGUUUGUUGAUAUAAGCUCAGAUGAUUACUCUCCUCAGGAGAAUCUCGGCCUCGACUAUGAAACGGCUAUGGGAAGAAUUCAUGCUAUUCUAUCCGAUGGAACCGUUGUCACCGAUGUUGAAGCCUUUAGAAGAUUAUAUGAACAAGUUGGUCUUGGUUGGGUUUAUGCCAUUACAAAAUAUGAACCUAUUGGGAAAAUUGCUGAUUCCGUUUAUGGAUUUUGGGCUAAAUAUCGUCUUCAAGUUACAGGACGGCAGCCUAUAGAAGAAAUAUUAGAAGCUAGAAAGAAGAAGGGUGAAGUGUGCAAAGAUAACAAUGCUUGCAAGAUGUAAAAUAUUUGACCGGGGUGAAAACUUUCAGAAGGCUCUAUGUGAUCUGUACAGGAUUUUAUCUACAAAAUGCAGUCAAUAUAGAAGGUGUCAAAACAUUUUACGUCUCCCUCAACAUAUUCAUAUGGGUAAUUUUUUUUUUCAAAUUUUGAUGUAAUGUAUCUGGCAUAAGAAAUGAGAGUGUAUAUAGUGAAUGUACUAGUAUCACACUGGUCACAUGAUUAUCAAUAUCUAUAGAUUGGGACACAUCACUACUGAGACAGCAAAGACAUAAUAUAAAGUGUAUUUUGUAUAUACUUACAUAAACAAAUACACAAUCACAUCUA